GAUAACACGAGUGUCACGUGAACACCAAAUGAAAUCACCGUGACACGCUCUUUUUAAAAAAAAUCAAUGAGGCGUGAGGUAUGAAGACCACAUCCUUUUCACACUUUGUGGGUGAUGAAACAACAGCGGUUAAACGAGUUUUCCCUCCGUGCCUGCGCAGGGAAUAGUUUGAUGGUAAAUAUCAUGGGAAGCUUUCACGACCUUCUCAUUGGCUCAGAAGUCAGAGACCCCGUCAUAUAAAGCGAGAGAUCCUGAUCUAGCAGCCUUUCCCCGCUGGCAAGCCUUUUGGAUCACACUUGGAUCUGACGGGAAAACACCUUUUACGCACAGUGUUUGGAGACACUGGAGACGGGCGCAGCGCGAGAUCUUUUAUUUUUGGAAGGAAGAGAGUUUUGUGAAAACAACCAACAGGAAAAACUGUGAGCUGAGGCGUCUGAGUGGGCAUGUGGCUACUGGAGAAGCUCCGUAGCUCUGUGGAGAGCAGUGGGACGCAAUCCCAGCCCCCGCAGACAGUAGAGGCCAUCCCUGUCUCUGUUUAUGCCAACGUCCUCACUCCAGAAAAAAUCCCUGAUUUCUUUAUACCCCCAAAACUUAUCUGCUGCCCUCCAGAAGAGUCUCUGACCCCAGAACCUCAGCACUGCACACUACGCCCCUCCGUGUCUGACCACGCCAUCUGCAGCCAGAGCCCCAGAGCUCGGAGCAGCAAGAACCCCUGCAGCCCUCGCCUCUUUUCACGCCUGGGAGGAGACGCACGCAAUCUCCAGAAGUCAGCCAACCGUCACAUCAUCCAAAUAGAGAGUGCUGACGAGCCAGGUGCCACAUCUGCAGACCGGGUCAGUGUCAACACUAAUGCUGACCCCCAGUCACAGACUGCGAUGUCUCUGCCGUAUGUCCCCAAGGCUCAGACCUCAUAUGGCUUUUCCACACUGGUGGAGUCUCCUCACACCCGCCGCAAGGAGAGCCUGUUUCACAGUGACCCCAACAGCCCUCUCACCUCCCCGAACUCCCAGAGACGCUCCCAGGGGGGGACUCUUCUGGCCCCAGCUGACCCCAACCCCUACCGAUAUUUCAGCGGUGGAGAGAGCGACACCUGCUCCUCCGCAGAGUCGUCCCCCUUUACGUCCCCUCUCCUGUCUCGCUCUGCCUCUCUCCUACGCUCCAUUACCAAGGAGACACAAGCAAAGGUGUCUCGUGCCAAGCGCACACUGGCGCGCCACAGCUCUCUCUCCACUGAUGAAUGCAGCUCAGCAGACAACAGCCCCAACAUGCAGCGGCGCCGCAUGCGCUGCCCUCCCUCUCCUGCCUUCCGUGGAUGUAAAAGCGGCGGCUCAAGGGGCGCAGCGUCAGACCUCCUGCAGCGCGAGCACACCGUCAUCCUCCACAAGGGGGGGACACUAAGGCUGAGCACUCACUAUGACCCAGAGGCGGCUCGAUUGAGGGUGCGCGUGCUCACAGCCGAGGCCCUUUAUGACAGGCAGACGGACCUUAAAAGCAUCAACUGCUGUGUAGCGCUCUACCUGAACCCUGGCAAGCAGCAGAAACAGAGGAGCACCAUCAUCAAGAACAGCAGGAAUCCAGUAUUCAACGAAGACUUUUUUUUUGACGCGCUGCCCCAGGCACAAGUAAAGAGUCUGGCCAUGAAGAUAAAGGUAGUGAACAAAGGAACCAGUCUGAGGAGGGACGUGCUUCUAGGAGAAAGGGAGGUGCUGCUCAGUGAGCUGCUCGCAGGCCUCUAGGGAGCCCCUGUCAAGACUUUUGUGGAAACAAGCAGCUCCACAUCUUGAAGGCCCUUUCUUCUCUGGCUCCCUUUUUUCAGCCCAGUCACCAGAAUAAAUGCUGGUAUUGUUCGUUUCUGCAAACCACAGAUACGUUGAAUCUCUGAGUUUCUGAACUGCAGCAACCUGUUAUCACUCCUUACUCAUGACACAUUUUAUUGCACAAAAACUACUUGGUUAUGUUAAGGCAAUAAAACUACCUGUGUAAAGUUAGGAAGAAACUCAAGUUCCUUCUCUAACUACUAGACACAAUUUCAACAAAGAUUUGAAAAAAAACCCCCAUAAAUAAAGAAUGUGACAUUUCAAUUCUGAAUGGAAAAUCUAUUGGGAAAAAAAGCAGAAACAAAUCCUGACCUUACAAAAAACUUGAAAGUAAUUAAAUCAUGGAUUUUGACAAUCGUUACACCCUUAUAUUUUACAUGCAGAUGUUAAUUUACAGGUCAACUUAGAACAGCAUUAACUUUUGGUUUCAAACAGGACCCGAACACCUGUCCACUGUCUGUUUCACCCAUCCAACCGCCCCAACGCCCUCCCUCCUUGGACUGUGACAUUCAUUCUGCUCCAUCACCAGCCCACUGCGUCUUUUUCACAUCAAUCUAGCUGUGGUGUGCAGAAACGUACAAAGCCAUCUGGGCUGCCUUUUUAUCCCACUGCACACGUGAUAAAUACUGGGCAUGUGAAAGCAUGCUGUUGACAAGGGAGCUGUAUCUUGCACACUGUGUGAAAAAACUGAAGCCUCUGGAGAAUUAAAAGUCACACUUUAUCAAGUUGUCAUUAGUAGGUCUGUCCAGGCUCAAAACAUGGAAACCACCAUUAUUUACAUACUUACCAGUACAUUACCAAUGUGCAGGGCUGUCCUCAGCUAAAUCAAUUCUUUGUCAACUAACACGCAUGAUCAGUUAGGUGAUUUGAUUGGCACAUCAGAAAAAAUGAGUUUCUCCACAAAGAAUCAAGCAAAAGCACUUUGAAUAUUGUGCUUAUCAGAGAGGAGUUUGUAAAUAAGUCAUUCAGCAUGAAAACAGCAUUAGAAAAUGACCUAAUCAACUAAAUCAAAUCAACUAAAAAAAUAUUAGUCCUCUUUUACCAGAAUGGCCCAUUAGUCAACUGAGUGGACAGCCCUGGAGAACGGUGAAGCUUUCGUCCUUAUUUGUGUAUUUCUCAUGAAGUACUGAGUUACAAACAGUGUUCCCCUCUCUCAUGAGCAUUGUGAUCUGGUUUAAUAUCAUAUCAUCUGUGAUGCACCGAUGAUCCUGUUAGCGUUGGAGCUGUUUUUGUAAUAAUGUUGUAAUAUUACAUGUGAGUUUUUGCACGUUCCUGUGGAAACUAAUAAUGCCUCUGUGUACUUGAAAGAAUUUAUAUUUGGGAGAUAAAUUGUAAUUGCUAGUGGAUGUAAUGUAUAUAACUGUUGCUAUGUGACACGCUUUUGAACUUGUGAAUAAAAAGACUAAACUCUCA